GGGAUCCGAAAUUCCUCUUUUCAUGAACUUCAUCCACCGAUUGAAUUCUAAUUUAUUUAUUUGUGAGUGAUCAUUUGCCGAUUGUGCUGUAACGAUGUCAGAGAAACAAAACAGUAGGACUGCACAACCGCCUUUGGUUGAUCAAUUUCUACAGAUCGGAAAGGCAGCUUUUGAUCCAGAGAUUCCGGAAACCACAAAAUUUCAAUCGCGACAUGAAUUUAACAACUUAAUUGAAAGUAAUUCUACUUUGAAACUCAUGCCCGUUUUGAAUCUUCUUGUUCAACCAGACCGAGUACAAACAUGGUUACGAGGACCUUUGAUUCAAACUUUAGCCCGUCUUCCCCUCAGGACACGCGGCGUACAAGACACCAUUGAGUUUGUCUUCUCGAUCCAUCCGAGUAAUGCUAGUAUGAAGGCAUCAGACUCCGUUGGUAGUCGCUCAGUGAAUAUUUCUCAUGAAGCCAUGAGCUCCGCAUCAAGACUCUUAUCUUCACCCCCACAAGGAAUGUCAGCAGAGGAAUGGUUCAGUGGCAUUGCCCCUCAAUUAUUUGAUCUUCUUGAUGGAGAAGGAGAGCGAGAAAUGGAUAAAGCUGCUUCCUACAUCAUUGGGUUUGGUAUAUUGGGUCGCAAGCUUUAUGGAGCCCCAGGCGCACCGGGAUGGAAAUCUUUGGUCGAACCAAUUCUUGGAUCAGUUGACCCAGCCCUUUUUCCUCCAUGCACAAAAGAAAAAUCACAAGUUGAAGAGAUAGUAGUACUUGGAAUGCCAGAAGUUCUCGUCACAGCGGAGGAUCUUAGGAAAAAUCUACGAAGAUUGCUUACUAUAGUAACAUCACAUCCUCACCCAUCACUGACGAAACGACUUCUUAAUCCAAUUCUCUUGCCACUGUGGGCCUUGUUUUGCGUCGAAAAUAAAGAUAAUGGAGGGGAAUCUAGUGCGUAUGCAGGAAAGCUGUUAAAAAUUUUGUUGCAGCUUUUAGUGUCAACGACAUCUAAACCUAGCGAAGGCGCACUCUCCAAAAUUUUGAAUGAUAUCCUGUUUCAAGGCAGAUCAGAGCCUGAUAAAACGAGUUGGAUUUACCGUUCAUCAAAUGACGGUAAGGAGAUUCAAAUUGAGAAAAUGCCAGAAACUACCACGAUGAACCAACAACACCUUGAUAUUGGCCAAAUUAACACAGCAGUAGAAAAGUUUACUGGCCUAUUGAAUGAGUUCCCUGAUUCUGAUUCACAGGUAUCUCAAAUGUUUUUAAUGUUGUGUCAGAAAUGGCUCUCGCAAGCAAAGCCUUCUACAGCUCCUAUUUUAAUUCAUUCUCCAUUAAUCAGUGGCGAAGAAGACGCGAAACAAAAGCUCAUUGAAGCAAAGUUGUUACAAGAAAUGAUCAACGUAAUGCCAGAGAAGCUUGUUCAAGAUUCAAAGCAGAUAGUGGAACUGGUUGAUGGAGUGCUGAUCGACGCAACUGGCGCCGAAGAUUCAAAUUCCGAAGAUCAGGAGGGGAUUGUCUCUAUUGCUUUAAGUUUAUUAAAUAUUAUUCUUACAUCACCAAACUUUAGGCCAACCCCGAUUAUAGAGCCUUUCCUAGCAAGAAUCGAAUCUUCUCUUCGAAUUUAUGGACGCAGAACAGUUACAGAAGUAACCCAAACCGCACAAAAUCUUCUCGUCAUUCUACAAUUUCGUCAUGCACUUCACGAGUCAAGCGAGUCACUAUCAGAAAACAUUCCCAGUCAGACAGUAGAAGACCGAAAGACUUAUAAUCUUGCCAUGUCAUAUCUAACUUCUGUUGAAUCUCCUCCCCCAGUAAGAGUCCAAGGAAUUGAACUAAUCCAGAGCCUUAUCAGCGCUCGUAGUUCAAUUUUGGACAUACCCGCGCUUCUCAUUCUUUUUGCAUCGCUACUUCAAGAUUCUGAAGAAUACGUUUAUCUUCGGGCUAUCAGGUGCUUUAUCGACCUUUCGAAAAUCCACCCUAGGGCUGUACUAAAAGAUCUUAUUGAGCGUUAUGCAGAUGGCAAUGAGGAUUAUGAUCUCGACGCCCGUUUGAGACUUGGGGAAGCGUUACUUCAGGUCAUUCAAUCCUCGCCAACAAACUUUACAGGCGAUAUUGCACAAACCGUCAGCGAAGGUCUGCUUUCGAUUGCUGGUCGGAGAGGCCAUCGACCUAAAAGCGAGGCCGAACAAAUCAGACGCGAUAAACUCAAGAAACAGAAGACAGCCGAAGCAGAAGAGGCAUGGGAUGGCCCAGUUCCACAAUUGGACGAAAUUCUCGAGCCAGAUGCUAACCAUCCUGAAUAUGAAUUACUUUCUCAAAUAGUUUCAGGUUGGGAAAGCAAGCGUGGAACGGAAGAUAUACGGAUACGCUCGUCUGCUUUGGCGAUUCUCGGCGAGGCCAUAGAAUGCAAUGUAUCAGGCAUCGGACACAAACCAAUUUCUAUGUCUGUAGAUCUCAGCAUUCAUAUACUCACGUUGGAACCGGAGAUUGAGAAAGGGAUUCUUCGCCGAUCUGCCAUUCUUCUCGUCAUGAGCUUUGUACGCGCAUUGGACAAAGCAAGAUCCGAAGGCAGAAGGUUAGGAUUUGGAUUCGUAGGCCAGAGUCUGGAUGACAUGACGAGAAUAUUGAAAUAUGUUCAGAGUACGGACAAUGAUGGUUUGGUUAGGCAGCAUGCAAAAGAUGUUGUCGAGGGGAUAGAAUCAUGGCAAAUGAACUCAUUAAUCCCUGUUGAAAGUUUAGUAGGAGGUGGUGGGAUUGAGAAUUUGAGUGCCCGUGGGAUCGAGAACUUGGCUGGUUUGAAUAUUACCCCAGUCAACAGGAAUGGAAAUGCAACGAAGCCGAGGAUUGAGGAAAUUGAGUAGGCCGGAACCGAUAUUAUAUCGGCAUUCUACGGCGCACAGAUAAAAGGUAUUACUGUAAGCUACUUGUUGGGACGGCGUGAUAGUUUCAAUCUCGUAAAAUUCCGUUGUUGAGAUAAUGGGAGGGCCAUCCUUUGGCCCCUCACACCCAUCAGAAUUUCCACGCCCCACAAACCUUUGUUCUCCAAGCGAUAAAGUGGAUUUGAUGGAUUUGAUUCUUAUCA